UGCUGAAAUGUCGAAGUACUUAGUUUCGAAAGCAAAGAAAGAAGGAGAUGAUGACAACUUCCAUAAGUUCUUCCCAGAGUUGGUAUACGUCGUUAGAGAUUGCCACGUUAACCUGGAAGAGAACGGGAGGGAAAUCACGGCAGACGAGUACUUCGAGAGUGUCUUGGCUGUUGAUAACAAUGAUGACAAGACAGGACAGAGGGCGAAGACACGGAAUUCAAUCAAGAAGUACUUUCCGCGAAGGAAAUGUUUCACCUUGGAUAUACCAGCAGCCAGAAGGAGUGUAUUGUUAAAGAUGGACACUGUUGCCGAUGAUCAACUGAAUGAGGACUUCAUCGAAACCAUGAAUAAAUUGCUUCAGUACAUCUUAUUUGAGAGCAAGUCCAAGGUGUUGCAGAAUGGAAGACAAAUAAAUGGCCGUCAGGUAGCCACGUUGGUCGAGACUUACGUCAACGCCUACCGUAACAAAGAUGUUCCAAAUAUCUCCUCGGCGCUGGAAGACCUAAAGGCAGAGGAAAACAGGAGAGCGCUUGAACAAGCCGAAUCGCUAUACGGCCAAGCUAUGGAUAGUUUUAAACACAACAUGCCAACUGAGUCAAUGGACGACGUUGAACAUCAGCACAAAGCCAUAUUGAAAGCGAUAUCAGCGCGGAUAUGUGCAGAUGUUAUACUCGAGGACGAUGAAAUAAAAGAGUUCAUCAAAGUACUUGAGCAAACUCUCAACGCGAAGAAAAUAUUCUACAUCGAAGAAAACGAACGUCUGUCGAAGGAGAAGUGUGAUAUUACACUCCAGGCUUUUAAUGAACAGCUACAGGCCAAGAAGGUCAAUGGGUACAAUCGUCCUGGGGGUUACCAGGAAUACCGUACUGACAUGAGCAACUUAAAGGACAAGUACAGACAGAUCAGUGGAUUGGGCGUCAUGAGAGAAAGAAAAUUGUUAGAAUUCCUGGAAGAGAAGAGGGCUGAAGAAGACGUUAUCCUGGCCAUGGACAAUGCACUCACUGAAAACCAGAGGCAGCUCGAAGAGCAAAAGCGGAAGACCGAGCAAGCCGAAAGAGAAAAGGAAGGACUUGAAAUGCAACGAAUUGAAGAAGAAAAGAGGAAUGCCGAAUUAUUGGAAGACAUACAAAAACGAAAUGAAGAAAUGAUGUCCGAUAUGAGGCGCGAUAUGAAAGACGAGGUAGAGAAGAGGCUCCAAAUGGAAGAGGAAUACACUAGAAUGAAGAUGGAGAACAUUGUAAGUACUAGCAUAUUACCCGUGGCUCGGGUUGUUUUAGGUUGUUGGCUUACUGUGGGGUUGGGGCAAUUUGGGUGA